GAUGGGUGAUGGGUCAUUGGCCGUAAUGAGCGUGCGCGAAAAUUUUGGCAGCAUCUGCUGGAAAUGUAUUGAGUUAUAUAGUUGGGAGUAUAGUACAGGAAGGCGAGGUGGGAAUACAAGACCCUCUGCUUUAAAGAAUACAGAAGAAUUAGUGAUUUGGAAUCUGGUAUAUGCAGCAGCUUCAUGGGCUUGAAGGAUCACUUGGAGAUCGAAGCAGAUGCGGUCCUGGACAUAAACUAUCUUUAUGUAGACAGUAUCAACAGACAUACCUGUACAGUUUUACCUUGGUCUGUGGUGGACAGACCAAUAAUGGAAAAAAUAAAUUCCAGAAUGGAUGAUGCAGGCAAGUGUGUCACCAAAGAGACUAGCAGCUGUAGUGGUGAUUCAGAAGAAUGCACAAGUUCAGAUAGUGACUCUGAUCGUUUUAGCAGUAUUACUCGUGAAUCUAUUCAGACAGCAAAGAUGCAUCCUCAACUUUGUAGGUCAUGGCGUUUAAGCAAAUGUGGCUCCAAGCAAGAAGACGUUUUGCAGGAGAUGAAAGCUGAAGAGGGUUUGUUUACAAAAGAAGAGAAGAAGCCACCAGAUGUAAAGGAAUACCAGACAAAAAUGGAGUUUGCACUUAAACUUGGGUACUCUGAAGACCAGGUUCAGCAUGUCCUGAACAAACUGGGUUUUGAUGCUUUAACCAAUGAUAUCUUAGGAGAACUUGUCAAACUUGGCAGUAAAUUGGAUUCUGAGCAAGCACUUAAUAGUACUAACACUACUGUUAGAGAAUCCUGUUCCUUUGAGUUACAUAGGUCAGAAUCUCCACCCGAAGCAGACUUAAUAGAUGACAGUGAUAACUUAAGGCCAAUAGUAAUUGAUGGAAGCAAUGUUGCAAUGAGUCAUGGAAACAAGGAAAUAUUUUCUUGCCGUGGAAUCAUAUUAGCAGUGAGCUGGUUUUUGGAAAGAGGCCAUAAAGAUAUUACUGUAUUUGUUCCAGCAUGGAGAAAAGAACAGUCAAGACCAGAUGCUCUGAUUACAGAUCAAGAAAUACUGCGUAAAUUGGAGAAGGAUAAAAUUUUAGUGUUUACACCAUCUCGGCGAGUACAAGGACGAAGAGUAGUUUGCUACGAUGAUCGAUUUAUAGUAAAACUCGCUGUUGAAUCAGAUGGUAUCAUUGUCUCUAAUGACAACUAUAGAGAUCUAGCCAAUGAGAAACCAGAGUGGAAAGCAUUCAUAGAUGAACGGUUGCUCAUGUAUUCUUUUGUCAAUGACAAGUUUAUGCCUCCUGAUGAUCCCCUUGGUCGCCACGGUCCAAGUUUGGAUAACUUCCUAAGAAAAAGGCCAGUUGUACCUGAGCACAAGAAGCAACCUUGCCCAUAUGGAAAGAAAUGUACAUAUGGUCAUAAAUGUAAAUACUACCACCCAGAAAGAGGAACCCAGCCACAGCGAUCUGUAGCAGAUGAACUUCGUGCUAGUGCAAAAAUCACAGCAUCUAAAACUGUAAAUGAAGUAGGCUUAGUAAAAAGCAACAGUGUUCCUGCCAGCAUCAAAACUGAUUGCACUUCCGAUGUCAAGCCCACAACUCCUAAAAGACAGUCUGAUCAAAGCUUGAAGUCCCCUGCGUACCAAGCCUUUGAGGAGAAGCUGUCAAUCAGAAACAAAUUUGAAGCAAGGUCUGUACCAUCUUUAGUAUGCACUUCUAACACUUGUUCUGCAGUACCACCCAAUACUGUUGCUGCUGUGUGCAAUCCGCUACCUUCUGGAACUCAUUUCUCACCUCAGGAUCGAUCUCAAGGGCAGUACUGUCAGAUAAUGAAAGUUGCAAAAAACCACAUGUCGUCAUCAUCCUCUUCUUCGUCCUCUUCAUCCUCCUAUAAUGACCAGUAUCCAAAAUGUGAGUCACCAGUAGAUAUGGGGUAUUACUCCAUGUUGAAUGCCUUUUCAACUCACAGUAUAUCUGGGCAACGAAGCCCUGACCGACGGUUGUCUCUAGAUACUGAUUAUGUAGUUAAUUCUGUAGCUUCUGAUUGCAGCAGUGAAGGAAGUGUGAGUUGUGGAAGCAGUGAUUCCUACAUAGGAUACAGUGAUCGGUCCUAUAUGAACUCACCAGAUCCAUUAUUGGAAGAAAACCUGAAAUGUCAGCAUAUGCAUGCUCAUGGACGUCAUCAUUCACAUUCAUUUAUGCAUAACAAUCAUGAUCCUUUAACAAGAAUGCAGAGCUACAGUCAUGAAGAGCCAAAGUCCCCUUAUAAGUCUCCUCUUCCGUAUAUUGCUUCACAUUUGCAGCACCCAAUUGUUGCUGCCAGAUCUAGUUGUCCAGUUGAUUACCCUGCUCCACAUAGUUCACAGCAUUCACAGAACUCCCAAGUAGGAAGAACAUUACUUGCUACGAGAAUUGAUAGCAUCUCUGAUUCGCGCUUAUAUGAUGGCUCACCUGUACGGCAAAGAAAAAUAUACCCAGCUCAGGAACGGCCAGUAAAUUGGGAGAGAUCAAACUAUGGAAAAGAGCCACCUGUGUAUCAUCAGACUUAUUCCUUGCCCAGUAAUCCUGCACCCUCUUGUUAUGAUCACUUCAGCUACCAAAGUUUGCCUGAAAAACGAGAACAGUCAUGGGGACUGACUUGGAGUGGAGUACCCAAGGACCCUUCUAAUUCACCUAGAUAUCAGGAUUCUAGAGAACAGAUUUUUAUAAACCUUUGUAACAUCUUCCCUUCUGAUCUUGUGAAAAUUGUGAUGAAAAGGAAUCCUCACAUGACAGAUGCUCAGCAGCUUGCUGCAGCUAUAUUGACAGAAAAAUCACAUUUAGGUUAUUAGGUUGACACAUCUUUGAGGUGUUUAAUUUCCUGUUCAGCACAACUGCUGCGGGAGGUUUGCUACAAUAGCAUUUCUGAUCUCCUCACCAGGGAGGUAAAUAUAGUAAAACAUUUAUGUGAAAUACAGAGUGAUCUGUAUGUUUGUAGCCCAUGCAAUGAGAUGCAACACAUGGUUGUUGUAAUCUCACUUAAAAUUUUAAGGGCAUGGAUAUGAUUCACUUACCAGAAUGACAACAGAACUUCCAGUAGCUGAUUUAACAGUGUCACUAAGUAGAUCUGUUCUGUCAACUGAUCAUUGUAUCCUUUUGGCUAUGCCACUUGAGGUAUUUCUUUCUGCUGGAAGAGUAUUGUUUCCUCUUCUUGCAUUUUAGAGCACUUUAGGUGCUGAAAAUGUCUCCAGCAAACUUUAGUUGUGUUCUUAAGCUUAACUCUGUAAUUUUCUUAUAUGUCUAUUUAUUUAUUUAUUUAUUUAUUUUAUUUUUGUGUUUGCAACACGAAAAUGAAACCUCUGAAUUAAUUAAUAUGGCUUUGGGCAGUGCAUCAUGUAUUGACAAAAGCUGCAGAGGGUGAUCUUAUUGGUCCGAUAUUGUCUAUACUUGUUAACCAAAUCGGGAGGGGGUGGGGGUGGGUACGGAUAACUUCAUAGAAUAGUGAUGCAUCAGAAAUAUCCAGUACAUUAGUAGAACAGGUCCAAUUGCACACAAGUCAUUAUCAAGUAGAUGUCUAAAUUAUUGCCAUAUACUUAUGUUCUAAUAAUGCAGCUGUCCUAAGGGAUCUGGGUAGAGCCAAUGUUCAACUCGUGUUAAUCCCUAGUUUAAAAAGCAUGUCUGGAUAUGUGGAACCAUAAUAAAAAAAAUCUUCAUUAUUUAUCGUGCAGAUAAGCCGUAUAGAAAGUUAAUAGCAGCAAAAAAUAAUAAACAUAAAUAAAUAGUAAA